ACACAGUUAUUUUGCUAAGGUCAAUAGUUGUACUUAUAAACCUGUACGUGGGAGUGCGACAAAAUGAUAAAAACAGCAAUUGUGUUACUUUUGGUCAUCCUUCUCGUUUCUGGUCUGGAAGCUAAAAAUGACGCACCAGAAAACUUGGAUUUCCAGCAGCUCGAGGAAAUUGAAGAACAAACAGCAAAGCAAAGGGACAAUAUGGAAAUAAUCGAAGAAGCGGCUUUUCCAGAAGGAGAAGAAUGGAGUGAUGACGUUAUUGUUGACGGUGAAUUGGAAGGAUCUGGAUCGCAAGAAACAGGAGACACCUGGGACGACCCAGGAGAUAUCGUAAUCCAACCGGAAGAAGAAGGAGCAUCGGGUGUAUCGGAAGUCGAAGAAGAAGAAGACUUAUUUGAAGGGUCUGGAAGUGCAGUAGAGGAAGAGGAGGACUUUGAGGAAUCCGAAGCUUCAGGAGAAGCUGAAGAUGAAGUCAUACAAGCAGAUGAAAAUGAAGACGAAGAUGAAAGUGAAUUUAUCGAUAGCGAUCAAAAUGGAAUCGAAGAUGAGUUGAAUAAUGAGCCUUCAGUUAUAAACGAAAAGAGAUAUGUCGAUGUAGAUUUGGCAUUAAGAAUACCGAUACUUAGAAGGCUAUUGAGCAGGAAACACAUUUUUGCCCCUUUAGCUAAUUAUGACUAGCAAGGGACUUCAUCUGGUUGAUUAACGCUGGAUUUAUAUUAGAUAUAAUAGAGAAACCAGUUUUAAAAUAUUUAGGAAAAUCUGCAGAAAAUCUCGCACUAAAACUUUUCACUUCUCCUAAAGACUUUUUAUUGAAUAUUUCAUUCAACCAAACUGUUGUAAACCACUGUAAUAAUUAAAAAUAACCAGCACAUACAGUUUUAUUGAGCGA